AUGGCUUGUAAGAGCAGCAAACAAGACACAUUAGCUCAAAUGAAUCAGCCAUCUGGCAAACGUACCCUUGAUAUCGCCAUCGUAGGGGACUCAGGUGUCGGCAAAUCAUCCCUGGUCAAUGCCCUGCGAAAUAUGGCAGACGAUGAGGGUGGUGCAGCUGCGGUCGAUGUGAUAAAAGGUACUAGGGAACCAACGGGGUACUUGUACCCCCAAUAUCCAGAUGUAACCCUUUGGGAUCUACCAGCUGAAGCCAAACUUUAUUCAAUUACAUGUCUUCAACUCAAUAUGAAAGCAAAGAUGUUUAAUGUUUCUUUUUUCUGUGCUAUUGUGGCUGUACCUUUAUAG